AUGAAGAGCCUGAGUAGUGAUGAGUCUAUAAAACUCAGCAGCCUCUUUCUCCCUUGCUCCUCUCUGCAGGUCAUUCCCUGGGGACAGCUUCCUGCGAACAUAACCAUGGUUACUGAAUUCCUCUUGCUGGGCUUUUCCAACCUCCAAGAAAUGCAGCUUUUGCUUUUUGUUAUCUUCCUUUUCCUCUACCUUGUCAUUCUGAUUGGGAACAUCACCAUUGUCAUGGUCAUCAUCCUGGAACAUAGUCUCCAUACCCCCAUGUACUUCUUCCUAGGUGCUCUCUCUGUGUCUGAGACCUGCUAUACCUUUGUUAUCCUGCCAAAGAUGCUCACCAAUCUUCUGUCUUUGCUCAGGACCAUUUCCUUCACUAGCUGUGCUGUUCAGAUGUCCUUCUUCCUUGGCUUUGCAGCCACCAAUUGCCUGUUGUUGGUUGUAAUGGGUUAUGAUCGUUAUGCUGCCAUCUGCCACCCUCUACGCUACCCCAUCCUCAUGAACUGGAGGACAUGCAGAGUAUUAGUAACCAUUUGUGGGGUGACUGGCUUUUUGAUCUCAAUAGUAGUCACAUCCUUGGUCUUCACCUUGCCCUUCUGUAACUCUAAUAAGAUCAACCACUAUUUUUGUGACAUUUCACCUGUUAUUCACCUUGCCUGUGGUGUCACUUAUGUCAAUGAGUUAUUCAUACUUAUCUGUAGUGUCUUUGUGCUCAUGGUCCCAUUUAUUUUCAUCUGCAUUUCCUAUGGCUUCAUUGUCAGCACCAUCUUGAAGAUUCCAUCGGCUGAGGGGAAACGGAAGGCUUUUUCUACCUGUGUCUCCCACCUAACAGUGGUUGUAGUUCAUUAUGGCUGUGCAUCCUUUGUUUACCUGAGACCCUCAUCCAGAGUGACAUCAGUUAAAGACCAGUUGAUAACAGUUACUUAUACCAUUAUUACUCCCUUGCUGAAUCCCAUGGUUUACAGUCUCAGGAAUAGAGCUGUCCAGGUAGCUAUUCAGAAAGUGAUCAGCUGGGGUGAGUUUCCCCAUAAAACCAUAUAA